CGGCCCCGAGCUGCCCCUACACUGUUGCCGGUGAGAGCUAUUAAUCCCCUGCGUCCAUGGUUUACUCUGAGCCCGUAUUUAAUUCCUCUAAACCCCCAGCUGCCGCCCUGGUUACUCACUGAACACGACAGACUGUGAACCGCUCUGGUUAUUAAUAAUUCACCAGCCCUCCGCUCCGCUUCUCCGGCCGCGGCCACAGGACACCGCACGUCCUCACUCGGUGCGUGCGUGCAGCCACGCUGUGUUUUCACUUCCAGCGUUUGUUUACUACUUGAUUUUGGCUGCUCGGUGUCUCACCCAGGGUGACUUGCAUUUCACCUCCUUGUUAUUGUGUCUAGCCUGCACACAGUCCCCGGCUGGCAUUGCCCACCGAGUCUGAUGUCUCUGAUGUUGCGACAUCCGCGCUGCCACAUGGUGAGUUUUGUUUUAGACGCCGCUCUCUCUGCGCCUUUCCCCGGACACUGAGGAACAGGUGGAGGAGCACCGGAGGAGGAACUCCACUUUUUGUUUCAUAUCAGAAAAAAAAGCCGGAGCAUGCACAAGGGAAAGCGCGCGGCGUCGUCCCCUCUGCAGGAGCAACAGCUGAUCUGGUGAGCGCGUAAGCAGAGAGUGCGGGCUACUUACUGUCGGUGCACAGCCACACUCCUGCGCUGUCGCUCGGGCUCAGACGGCGACUGUGUCGGUGGCGCAGAGCGCGGCGACUCGGUGGACAUUACGGUACCGGGACGGACUGGAGAGAGGGAGAGCAGCAGAGCUCAGCCUUGACACCGACCACUUUCAUGGAAAUACCACGAGCUGAAACCGAACAUUAACACUUUGCGUGAAGAAGUCGGGGAAGCAGACGGAUUGGAUUAUACUGCUCUGUCCUCCUUUGCCUUGACUGAGAAGAGUUGACUAAAAAUUAAAAAAAAAAAAAAAUGUUUACCGGGCACCAGGCCGUGUAUUAGGGCUCUUUUGCUUCCGGUAUAAGGCCCAGCUGAACAAGAAACCGAGCAGUUUUCUCUCUCCCACACACUUUUUUUUGGAAGCCGAACUUUUGAGAGUGGAAAAUGGGUCUUUGAGAGUGUUGGCACUUUUCCCUACACCACAAUGGCAACCGAAACCUUUCUGUUGAACGAAGAACCCUCCAGAGGUCCUGGGAUGCCUGAAUGCUUUGUAGUAUCAGAUUCAUACAGGUAUUACCCUACUCACCUUCUAAACAAUGCCUUAGUGGAUGAAUUUCAUCCCUUCAUUGAGGCCCUCCUCCCCCAUGUCCGUGCCUUCUCGUACACCUGGUUCAACCUGCAGGCCCGUAAGCGCAAGUACUUCAAGAAGCACGAAAAGAGGAUGACCAAGGACGAAGAGCGCGCGGUGAAGGACGAGCUGCUGGGGGAGAAGCCAGAGAUCAAGCAGAAGUGGGCCUCGCGCCUGCUGGCCAAGCUCCGCAAGGACAUCCGGCCCGAGUUCCGCGAGGACUUUGUGCUCACCAUCACGGGGAAGAAGCCCCCCUGCUGCGUGCUGUCCAACCCCGACCAGAAGGGUAAGAUCCGCCGCAUCGACUGCCUCCGCCAGGCCGACAAGGUGUGGCGGCUGGACCUGGUGAUGGUCAUCCUGUUCAAGGGCAGCCCCCUGGAGAGCACGGACGGGGAGCGGCUGGUCAAGUCGCCCCAGUGCUCCAACCACGGCCUGUGUGUCCAGCCGCACCACAUUGGAGUGACGGUCAAGGAGCUGGACCUCUACCUGGCCUACUUCGUCCACACACCAGAACAAUCAGGACAAUCAGACAACUCAAACCAGCAAGGAGACACAGACGUCAAACCCCCACCGAAUGGCCACUUGAGUUUCCAGGACUGCUUUGUGACUUCAGGGGUGUGGAACGUAGCCGAGCUGGUCCGCGUGUCACAGACCCCGGUGGCUACAGCGACCGGCCCCAACUUCUCCCUGGCCGACCUGGACAGCCCUGGAUACUACAACAUCAACCAGGUGACCCUGGGACGGCGCUCCAUCACCUCCACCCCUUCCACCAGGACUGAAAUGGAGCUUUAUGCAAGUCUCCCACGGAGCUCCAACAAGCGCAAGUCCAUUGACGACAGUGAGAUGGAGAGUCCGGUGGACGAUGUCUUCUACUCAGGCCGUUCCCCGGCGGCUGGCAGCAGCUCUCAGUCCAGUGGUUGGCCUAAUGAUGUGGAUGCAGUGCAGCACCAUUUGGCCAGUGUGCAGGAGAGGAAGAUUAAGCAUGAGAGCGAUGGAGUGCAGUUUCCUUACCAUGGACUGUCAUCGCCUGGUUCUCUUAAGAAGCCGGGGAAAUUCGAUUUCAGCGCCCUGUCCUCCCAGACGAGGUCCCCCCGCAUGGCGUUCACCCACCACCCACUGCCAAUGCUGGCGGGAGUGAGACCAGGGAGUCCCCGUGCUUCAGCCUCGGCCCUGCACUUCCCGUCUCCCUCCAUCAUCCAGCAGUCUAGCCCCUACUUCACCCACCCAACCAUCCGCUACCACCACCACCCUGGACAGGACCCCCUGAAGGAAUUUGUGCAGUUUGUCUGUGCUGAUGGCUCGGGGCAGGCCGCUGGACAGCCAAACGGGAGCGGCCAGAGCAAAAUGCCAGGCUCCUUCUUGCUGCCUCCACCUCCCCCAGUGGCCCGCCCAGUGCCCCUCCCUAUGCCCGACUCUAAACCCAACAGCACGCCCCCUGACGGCGGACUCUCCUCGCCCGCAUCUCCGUCAUACUCCACGCCAGGCGCCACAGCUCCCAACAGGUUUGUCGGCAUCGGAUCACGGGACAACAACUUUCUGAACAUCCCGCAGCAGACACAGUCUUGGUUCCUCUGACAAGAUCUGUGUACAAACCAGCAACUAGAAUUCUUUCUUUACAAUCGGAAAUAGAAAAACAGAGAAACAACCCACAGGAUAACAAUUGUCCUCCAACCAACCCACCGACCGACCCUGACAGUAUGUCUCACCUGAUACAAAAUAUAACCAAGCAACACAGGAAAUUGCAGCAGCAUGACACUUUUAGAGGAACUCUGGACUAAUUUACCCAGUCAGAGGGAGGACCCGUUUUAAGCAAAGAUGGAUAGAUGGAAAGAUGAAUGGAUGGACAAGAGGAUGCCAGGAUAGAGAAGGAGUAAGAGGACAAACAGCACCAAGCAGGCAUCUCUCCUGAAAAAACCACCGAACCAGCACAACACAGCAGCAACGCAGGAGGAACCUGAGGAUGAAAAAGUGGUCAGCUUCUCCUACUUCGUGAGGACGCAUUGUUUAAUGAAUGGCAAAGAAAAUCAACUGUCCAACAGAAUCAGAUUUUCCAGAUGAAAUGUUUAACCUACAAAGCCACACCCAGCCAUGAAUCCACUACCUGCUCAAAGCAAAGACACAAUUAGGUCUCCAAUGAAAGCUGCAGUCCAUGCUCCUGUUAUGUCUGUCAUCACCCAAAACAAAAUCAAAUUGACCAACGUUUUUCUCUCUCUCUGAAUGACCAUUGACUCUAUAAAGCCCCCUUUGUACCUUACUACUAACUAGAGAGAGACCAUGCCAAAACAUUUCUUGAUUAAGGGUUGCACUACAAGCUGAAUCAAUUAACACUAAUCUUAACGAUGUGCACUAUUUACCUACAAGGCAUGGGGAGGUAAACCAGACUUGCCUAUCAAGAGUUUUAAAGAGGAAAAAUCAAGGUACAAGAAGCCUUCACGUGUCCUCAACCCCCAUUGUUCAGUUCGACAAAUCAUUGGCCUCCACUCCCAUUCUCACAUUUCCCCCCCACACAACACACACUCACUACAAUCUGUGCCAUGACCACAGCAUGUAUGUACAAUUGAAUACACACACACACACACAGUUGCCCAGUCUCACCUUUUAGAUUGUAGUAUUUAUAGGUGGUGGUGUUGUGUUAUGAUAUUUUCAUUUUAUACGCACAUACAGUAAAGCCCAUUGAACUCUACCUAUUUGAUUAGACAUCUAAACCAACACACACACUGAAAAAUCAGUGUGUACAUCAUUGCUGACAGUUUUCAUGACUAUAGACAGCAGCUAUUGAUUCCCCUUUUUGCCCUCUUGUAAUGUAGAUGAAUGAUUUUGUUCUCUUGUGUGUUCUCUUAUUUGAAUUUAUUCCUUUUGGAUUUGUACUAUUUUAUAAUUGUUUUAUAUUUGAAUGACAGCACCUUAUAGAGAAACACAGUAAGAAGUGGGAUGUUUAAGCGGCAUAGACAGGGUGGUUAGCUAACCCGGAUCAAAUAGUAGUUGCAAAAAACUUAAAGUAAAGGUUGGAUACUUUGAGAAUUACACUUUUUCGCUUUGCUACCGAAAGUUAUGUGAGAAGAUUGAUGCUACUUGUGUGUCUGUAUGGUAAAUGUGAAGCUACAGCUAGCAAGCUUAGCAUAAAGACUCGAAACUGGGGGAAACCAGCUAGCCUUGCUCUGUCCAAAAGUAACAAAAAUCCAAAAACCAGCACCUCUUGUUUGUUUAAUCCGUACAAAAACCUGAAGUUUAAAAACAACAACCUGUUACACACUAAAUUGUUUUUUUUACACUUUGGGUUUUAUACAGAUUAAGACACACCACAGCACCUUGUUACCAUUGGACAGAGCCAGGGAAGCUGUUUCACGCCUGUUUUUAGUCAUAAUGCUAAGCUAAGCUACCCGGCAACUGGCUAUAGCUUCAUAUUUACCGUACAGGCACAGGAGUGGUAUCAAACUUCUCAUCUACCUCUCAGCAAGAAAGCAAAUGUGUGUAUUUUCCAAAAUGUCAAACUUUUCCUUUAACAUGGUUUGUUUGUUCUCAGUGCCAGAUAAACCCAUUUGCCACAUACUGUGCUGCAGGACCACACAACGCAGAGUUUUGACAAUCACAGGAAGCCUAUUUUCUGGGAACCUACCUGCUGAACUAUACAGGUCAAGAAAAAGCUUCUACUAUUUAACCCAGGUACAGCUGCUGACUGGUGAUGGUCAUACGUGAGUGAUAGAAAACCAGAAUCGAGGAGGGAAGGUUGCUGAAGAUGGGACCCAGAAUAUAAGAGAGAGUAGCUCUUCUUUCUGUCUCCCUAAAGUUUACCCUGUUGUUUACACUCCCAGACGGGCCGCUGCUCCAAGAGCAGAGGGAGCCACACUGCGGAGCAAAAUGAAUAUGUGACAUAUCUGGCUGUUUUUCAGAGAGGGUUUUCAGUAGGAGGAUCACACAUGUGCCCAAUUUUUUUUAGGUGCACAGGGUCAGGUAAAAGGACAUAGGUUGCUAUGGUAAUCCCCCCAAAACACACACACACAAACACACAUGCACCAGCACUCCCCUGAGGUAUUGUGAAAUCGAUGAGCCCCUAAUGAUCAAAACUGCACUAAAACAAUCAUGCCAGCCAACCUUGUGAGUUUGUUUUUUGUGAGAAUUACAGUAGAUCGACCACCACUUAGUAUUCCAAAUCAGUGGAUGUAUUACUGGGAUAGAAACACACCUGUAGAGCACAGAUCGCCACUUCUUGAAUACACAGACUUAAAAAGUCCACUCACUAUUAACGCAAACACAUCCCCAGUGCCCGACUGAAUUCAAAGGGAAGUCUUAAAUAUAGACAAUCUGAGGAGGCCUUUAUGCUUUUAAUCAUUUUGUAUCAUUAGCCCACUUUCAGACUGAUUCAGUUAUUUCCUGUUAAAAGUUGAAUUCAAAUCAUCCAUCCAACCUCACAAAAUAACUGGACUGCCUGGCCAUGUUCUUCACUGCAGGGAAACACAACAUAGUUGGCCAACGACUGGCAACCAUCUCAUCAGCUUCGUAGAGAGAACUAGCUCCGCUGAGUAAGACGUUAAUGAUGGCUAAGGUGAUUUCUUUUCUAAUCUAUGGAAGUGCCUCUGUAUUCCCAUUAUGCAAUUUGUCAAACAUGAAUUCAGGUUCUUUUUCUCACAUAUAAGCUAUAGUGAAUGGUGAAAAAUUUAUGUCAGGAGAGGAGAAAAAAAAAACGGUGACAGCUCACUAGAUAAUCGCAAGCAUCUUUAUAUAUAAUACACAUAUAUAUUUAUAGAUAUAUACAUUUUUUUUAUUUGCAAGAUAAGCUCUGUGGCAGUCUAGUUAUUUUUUGAAGCAUGGCGUACAUCGCACAGUCAUAGGAUGCAUCUCAAAAACUGCUGAUUUGAGCUAAAGUACCAGUCUCUAAACCCAUACUCGCAUUAAAUGACAGAAAAAGGAAAUCCAUGGCAAAUCACAACAAUAGAUACAUAGACAGUGAUGAAAAUGUAGUUGAGGAUUUAAAAAAAAAAAAAAGAACAGAUUAGGUUUUGUUGUUUUCUUUCUUGUUUUGAUGGGAAGUAUUGUUCUUGAAACUAAAUGAUGUAUGUCGAUUGAGCCAUGUGCAAUGCCUUGGUAGAGGAAUUGUGUUUGUUUGUUAGCAAUUGUUUGAGGGUGUCACGAGAAAAGAGGGAAAACCCUCUAGGUUUUUUUUUUCUUUUGUUUUUUGUUUUUCAAGUCCAUGUGCUCUAGGACUCUAAAUAUGAGGGCGUUGAGAAAAAAAUCCCAGUCUUUGUAAGUAAGUUUGAGGAAACUGUUUUUAAUUUUCCUUUUGUUUUGUUUUUUUGUUUUUUUUUCCUUUUUUUAAAGAAAAAUUUCAUUUCUAAUGAUUUGUUUUCACAAUGUGGGAGGGCUGAAGGAACAAUUUUGCAACUCAUAAAAUAUAUAUCACUAUGAAAACUGGUGCUUUCGUAAAGAAUAAAGUACAUUCAAUCUCUAUUAUACAUAAAUAAUAAUAAACGAAAAAUUAAGUGUUAUCAUAAAAGCAAAUUUUAGGAAAACAUGCAUUAUUCUAUUUCUCUUUUUGUAUUUACUGAGGGGGGAGGGGUUCAUUGUACGAAAAGGUUGUUGUGACAAAAGGCAUUUUUCCCCCCCAACCUUUACAACACAGCAGAGGAACAGUGGCAGGGUAAAAAAAGAAACAUCUCUUUCCAGACUGUUCCAUCUUGUAUCCAACACAAGUGAACCUAAUGUGGGACAAAGACAAGAUCUUCCCCAAUUUUGGGAGAUGCACAAAUAUGGAUUCCCGUUUCCAAGAAAAACAAAACAACAACAAAAAUCAUGAGUGAUGAUGUCUGGUGAAAAUUUAUUUUUAUUUUUUAUUUGGUGUCAAUGUCCGGUUGGUUUGGCGAGAGGGAAUUAGCGACCUCAGAGGGAUGCUGUCAGUUCAAUAAGAAUGUGAGCCCCACCCCCCACCCACCCCCCUCUCCAACCCCCCCCACCCCCUUCUCUGAAUCCCCAUCUCCCACUGUAAAUGAUUAUAAAUAUUUGUUUGGUGAUGUAGUGUUAUAGACUCAGAGCAUCUUAAAGGUUGUCCCUAAAAAGUGCCUUUUGUUCACAGAUUCCAUCUUGUAAUCCUGAGUGCCCAUCUCAAAAGAAAAAAAAGUCCCCUCCUUCACACUUCUAUAUCUUUCUCUUCCUCUUCUUCAAGCUUUUUAAAGCAGUAUACAUAGUACUAAAGGAAAUUGGUGUGAUUUAGUUCCUCUUUUUAUUGUUGAAUAAUUAAGAAAAGCUGAAAAAAAGACAAAAAAAAAAGAUAUU